AUGUCAAGGAACGCCCUUUUAAUGCCAUCCCAAGUUUUCAUGCCUGCACAACAACAUCAUUAUCAAGCUGCUUUUCCUCCAAGACAUUGUCCUCCUUCCCCACCUAACACAGCUACUUCAUCACCAUUGCAUAACGCGCCAUCUUUUCAAAAGGAACAUGCAAAAUCAUCAUGGCAUCAUCAUCAUCAUCCAUCAUCAUCAACAACUCCUUUGGCAUCUCGCACAAUGACCAAUGCUUGUACUAGUAUCACAACAUCAAACGAAGAUACAUCAUCAACAUUUCUCAACCUUGAACGAGUUGUUCGACAAUAUAGUGAGCAGCCGGAACUGCUUGGUUUGAUCCUUUCUAGUAAAGUGGAAGAGGAUCGUCGAAGAACAGAAGAGGCACGGCUAAAACAAAAAGAGAUCGAUUAUCUCUUACAACAACACCAACAACAAGAUGGCGAACCACAACAACGAUCAGAUACCUACCGCAGCAGCAACAGCAACUGGCAGCCGGCUGGUUAUACCCAAGGUGGCGAAAAACGACAUGAUGAAAACAAACUCCAAAAUUCUUCCACACAUCGUCGUAGUAGCAUCAGCUGGCAACAACAACAACAACAACCCAAUACUACUAGUGCCUACCAAGACAGUACUAGUUAUCCAAAUGAAAUGACGACGAUGGCUGCUGAAUCAUCAACGCUUCCGCGGAUCCAUACCCCGCCUCAACAUCAUCACACUCCCAUCCGAAGAAAUUCCGCGGUAAGGCAUUCUCCCGGUACCAGCUGGAGACAUGAGCCUUAUCCAAGUCGCCAUGAUACUACUACUAUACGAAGACGAAGCUCAAGCAAUAUCGACAUGCUUCUUAGUCAUUCCCCAAGGUUAUCUCGUUCUUCAUUGCCACCCAUAUCCACAACACCACCCCCUAAUUCAUUAUCCAAAGAGCCACAGUCCAAAAGUACAUAUGACCAUCCUUAUCGUAGUCCCCCACUUGUGGAUAGCGAAAGUGAAUCAGAUAUGAUAUUACCACCUCCAGGUCCAUUGGUAUCAUCAUUGCCUCCUCAAAUUGCUGAUCACAGCUCUGACAAGUUACCUAUUCCACCCAUCACCAACAUCCACCGUAACCAAGAGUCAUCCUCAUGCCCUCGAAGACGUCGUCGUCGAGAAAUGCAAGCUAUAAGCACGAUCAUAGAAACCAAGGAAUUCCCAUACAAUGAUGAUUACUUGUGGAAGAACAAUGGCAACACCGUACACAAGAAAUCAGGCUAUCGUAGCAUAUACUACAAGUGCUCCAAUAGUGCCAAGGGCUGCCCAGUGAAUAAGACCGUGACCUUUAAAGAACAUGGCACCUAUCUCAUCAAGUACCGAGGAGAACAUCUUGAAGAAUGCAGUCGAAUAAAGCGUAUUAUUGAUGUGUAA